CGGAGUUUGUUUUAAACAAAAUGAUGAAUAAUUAGUGUAUUUUGGGAUUCAUGUAUACUAAACGCCUACAGUUGGAUGAAUAGUAAAAAGUUAUUGUCACAUAAACCGUUGGAGAUUUGAAAACCUGAAGACAAACAUUUUAUUAAAAUUUGUGCAAUAUUUUCAUCAUCAUUAGUACUGUUAGCAAUAAUAACCAAAAAGACAUGCCAAAAACACAUGUAGUGGAUAUUGAACCUUCUUCAAAUACACCUAAAUUGUACUUUAAUUACUGGUGUGACGAUGGAGAUAAAUGGGAUCUGUUCACUAUGCUAACAGGUCUAUUUCUCUUGAUCAUGGGAUUAUGUUGUUCAGUGCUAGAAGUUGGUUAUAUCAUUUAUACAUAUCAUGUACAAUGUUAUGGUGUUGGUCUAUGGUGUGCUGCUGGCUUUCUGUUCAUCGGUAUCCUAGCCAUAACCUUAUACCAGUAUGAAUCAGUCCCAUCGGCAACACUGAUGCUGUUUUCUGUAAUAUGUGAUUUCUUCUUUGGCGUUGUCAUGCCUAUAACUGCUAUUAUUAUGACAAUCAGCUGUGGUGAGAUGUCACUACUUUUUUUGGCAUUGUAAUCGUCUGUAUUUUAGUUGGAUUGACAAGUAUUUUGCACAUUUUGUUUGUAACAAGAGAAUUAUUGAAAAUUAGAAGACAGUUUUAUCGUACGAAUUCAUUGGAUACUUCUAAUAGUCAGCAAAGCACAUUUUCAAAGAAAUGAAAAAACGGAAAACAUUAUUUUGCUAAACUGAAAAGAAACUGGAAAUGAUAUGGAAUUUUAAUAAAUCGCAAAAUAUAUGUGUAGGAAAUA